AGUCAACAAUUAUACUUUCUAAAUCCAACAAAGUUAUCACUAGAGAAAUUGGAAUCAAAGGAAGUUUCACAUAAAAGUCCUGAUUUAGAAAACUUCGAUACCGACGCUUAAUUAUAGCUUCUAGAAGAAAACCAUUAUGAAAAAUAGGUUGUUUACACGUUGGAAACCCGACGUUGAAUCGACGUCGGGUGUCGACGUUGUUUCGACGUCGGGUGUCGACGUUGUUUCGACGUCGGGUGUCGACGUUGUUUCGACGUCGGGGUUUCGACGUCUAAAAAACUUACAUUUUCAACCAAAACACAACGUCGAAUCGACGUCCGUAUCCGACGUCGUAUCAACGUCGUUACGACGUCGAAUGCCCACUGGGUUUAGAAGGCAUACAUUUUCGUCUUUGUACGACGAAACAAUAUCCCAACGAACAAAAUAUACAAAUAUAUCUGACGCAAAAAAAGAUAUUGGACGGACUAACAACUGCAAAUCUAAGUUGGCCAAGCUCUCCUAACAGUCCCGUAAAAAUUAGGAGCACGGUUUUGGAGAUCUUGUCGCGUCAAGGGAGGCUACACUUGGGACGUAAUCUUUUUUCUUAGCAAGUUAUGGAGAGAGUAGAUUAUAUUGAAGACAGAGUUAAUAAAGAGAGCAAAUUCAGAAGAGAUGGCUUUAAGACGCUCAUAAAUGAAAUCGGUUCCUUAAAAACAAUGCUUCAAGAAGCAUUGGAGAAUAAAGUAAAAGACAAAGAUACCCAGACUGUCCAGGAUACUAAAAAUACUCAUUCAGAGCUAGAGCAAAAAGUUCUGUUGUUGACAAAUGCCUUUAUGAAAGAGAAAAUAUUGAACAAGCGGUUUCGGCGAGAAAUUCCAGAAUUACAAAGACAAGUUCAGGAUUUGAAAACCAAAUCUGACCAAAUUUUCACAGGUGUUGAAUUCAUAAAAAAAACAGAACAGAGAAAGAGAAGAAACUUUUAUUAUGCUUGAAGAUGAAAUACCUAAACUAAAACUAUAUUCAUUAAACUUGCUUGAACAAUUUGAACAAACAGAAUUUACUGAAGCAGAAAAUUUUGACAAAAUAAAGAAUGACACAGAAGAGAUAAAGAAAAACAUAGAAGAUCUGAAACAUACUGAAGAACAGUGUUUGGAAAAUAUAAACAUCAAUAACAAUUUGACAAAGAGACUGGAGGAACAACUUGUCAAUGGAAAGAAGUUUGUCAGUAAAGAGAACGAUUCAGUAACAACCGAUUACCAUGAGAGGGAGUGCAACUGUUCAGUUUCAUCAUGUCCAGUAAAUAGGACACCUUCUCCCAAUGAUCCGAAGACUUCUUACAAGUCUUGCUUGGAAUUAUAUGACAGUGGAUUUAAGUCUAACGCUAAAUACAAUAUAGGAGUUGAAAAAGAAAGAUACAUUUCUGUCUAUUGUGACAUGACUACUGACGGUGGAGGAUGGACUGUAUUUCAACGACGCCAAGAUGGCUCUGUCGAUUUUUUCCGAGAUUGGAAUGAAUAUGAAACCGGGUUUGGAAACUUGACAGGUGAAUUUUGGCUCGGGAACAACUUUUUGAAUCUACUAACUGAUAAUGAUGCACCACAUGAACUGAGAAUCGAUUUAGAAGAUCAUGACGGCAAUCGUGCCUAUGCCAAAUACAGCAGUUUCAAGGUUGGAUCGAAGAGAACAAACUACAAACUAUACGUGAGUGGUUACACAGGAAAUGCUGGUGACUCGCUAGCAGAAUCUGAUUCAUCUUAUGGACCACAUGACCAAAUGGAAUUUUCCACUAGAGAUGCAGAUAAUGACGGAUCAUCUGGUCAUUGUGCUUCAAAAUGGAAUGGGGCAUGGUGGUUCAAAGCUUGUUUUGACUCGCAUUUAAACGGGCUCUAUCAGGACCAGUCAAAAUGCAAGUCUGAAUGGGACUGCAUUAUCUGGAAUACAUGGAAGGGUUCAUAUUACGCCCUAAAAUUCACUGAAAUGAAAUUUAGAUGAGAUAGUGCCAGAGGUACUCUGAAAAACUAAACAAUGAGUUUCUUUAAUUUUAUAAAGUAAAUGUACAUCUCAAAAUAUUUCGUUAUUGAUAUUAAUCUUUAUCCGCAGUGUAGAUACAGAAAAAAACUUUAUUAAAUAUUUAUAAUAUUAUGACUGCCUAUGGUCAAUACAAGAUAUUAUUACCUUUUGAAUCAGCAGGUCAAAUGUUUAGGAUACAGUGUCCUGAGGGUAAGAAAGAGUCCAAUUUAUAUCUGGAAAAUGCUUUAGCAUACAGUAGUCAAACUUCACAAGAUGAGUGUGCUUGAUCACCAGAUGACCUGUUCAGGGACCUGUGAGGCCGAGUUCUUAAAGUGCAAGGAAUGCUUGACAAUAAGUUAAUUUAACAUGAAAGCCAUUCUCAAGCUUUUCAUAACGCUGAAAGAAUUUUGAAAUAAAAUCGGGCAACUAUUGAAAAGAUAUGGCAGUUUGAAAUUGAAGAAAAUGGCUGAUCAUGGACUGGAUGCAGCUAUUUAAGUGUGUUUAUGACUUCAUUUACACACUAUUGAAUUCUUUACUUAGCAAAUAACCUUUCAAAAAAUUAAAUUCAUAAGCUCCUUGAAGGUAAGAUGUAAAACAUGGUAAUUUCUUUCAUUAUAGCUGGAUAAAGUAGAGAAAUUAUUUUACAGAAGUAAGUAAAUACAGUUCAAAUUUGUAUUUCGAAACUAAAUAAAUCCGCCAUUUUGUUUUUUGUUGCCCUGGAAACAAAAUGGCCGUCAUUUUGAUCAAAUCCUCAUAACUUUCUCAUUUUUAAGCCGAUUUUGAAAAUUCUUUCACUUCUUUAAAUGAUUUCAGAAAUCUUAGCAGGUGAAAUUAACAUAAGAACAACAUUGCCUUUCCCUUUAAAGUUGCUGACUUCAAAUCACUUGCCGCACACCGAAACCUAGCUUAGAUGUGAAAUUAUUCAUGGUUCCAGCUGAUUUACAGACGGUCGAUGGUACUACCCCUGUGCGUGGCCGCCAGUGCCUGAAAUAAUGCAUGGCGUCUUCCCUACCAUAAAAAGCAGAAAAAGUCGCUUUGUGACCUAAAUUGUGCCGGUAUGAGUUAAACAAAAAAGAAGACCCCUAUAGCUUUAGGGAUCAAAAGGUCAAAGGUAAAUGUCAAAAUGACCGUGAGACUAAAAGUGAUUCUGAUCAACUGCUGGAGAAUAUGUAUGUUUAAUGGCUUUAAAUUCCAUAAACACAUAACAAAGGGUCAUUAAACUAAAGGGUAAGGCAACAGCACACGUACAGCUAACAAAUACAUAUUCAGGUAAACCCAAACGCCAUUUUAGGCGCAUGUGUUUUGCAAACAGCUAGCUCUCGUUCCGUAUAAAUGUGCGUUCUGUGACAACCAAGAUCGUUCAAAUUAUUUCAGUUGGCCACUAGAUCUUAAAAUAGAAAUGAACUUGAAACGCCAUCCUCCCCUUCCCGUUAAUCGCCGAUUGUGAUUUAAUUUCACAAAUGUUCUUUAAAUGAUUCUCUACAAAUCAUGUCAUAUUGAUCCGUUACCAAUGGCUUUAGUUUUUCCGUAUCGGUGGGUCUAUGGUAAAGCAUAAAUCAUUAACAUUCAAUUAAUAUAAUAAUUAUGAUAAACUUGAAUUACGCAAAAAAAAUAAAGCAUGGUCUAAUAACAGAUGAAUAGUGUGAGUGUAGAACGUACUCCCACCUCACUCCCCGCUACCUGCUCCACCACUCUCUGUUAGAUUUGACCGCUGUGGUCACCACCCCCGCCACUUUGAUAAUUAAAAAUGUAAAGAAAUAAUAGAAAUGAAAAAUAACAAUUUUAAGAUGAUAAUUAUCUAAUUGAAUGCGGAACUUGCUUGGACAAUUUGAACAAACAGAAUAUACUGAAGGAGAAUAUUUUGACAAAAUAAAGAAUGACACAGAAGACAUAAAGAAAGACAUAUAACAUCUUAAGCAUACUGAAGAACAGUGUUUGGAAAAUAUAAACAUUAAUAACAAUUUGACAAAGAGACUGGAAGAACAACUUGUCAGUGGAAAGGUGUUUGUCAGUAAAGAGAACGAUUCAGUAGCAACCGAUCACCAUGAGCGGGAGUGCCACUGCUCGGUUUCGUCAUGUCAAGUAAAUAGCACACCUUCUCCCAAUGACCCGAUGACCUCUUACAAGUCUUGCUUGGAAUUAUAUGAAUGUGGGUUUAAGUCAAACACUAAAUAGUGUUUAGAAAGAAAAAAACAACAUUUCUGUCUAUUGUGACAUGACUGCUGAGAGUGGAGGGUGGACAGUAUUUCAACGACGCCAAGAUGGCUCUGUCGCUUUUUCCGAGAUUGGAAUGUUUAUGAAACUGGAUUUGGCAACUUGGAUGGUGAAUGUUGGCUCGGAAACAAAUAUUUGAAUCUACUAACUGAUAAUGAUGAAACACAUGAACUGAGAAUCGAUCUGGAAGAUCAUGACGACAACCGUGCCUACGCCAAAUACAGGAGUUUCAAGGUUGGGUCGAAGAGAACAAACUACAAACUAUACGCGAGUGGUUACACUGGAAAUGCUGGUGAUUCGCUAGCAGAAUCUGAUUCAGGUUUUGGUCCCCAUGAUCAAAUGGAAUUCACCACCAGAGAUCAAGAUAAUGUCAGAGCAUCUAGUCAUUGUGCUGACGCGUUUACAGGUGGAUGGUGGUUCAACAGCUGUUUUGACUCGCAUUUAAAUGACCCAUAUCAGGAGCAGUCAGAAUGCAAAGUCGCAUUUAAGUGCAUCGUCUGGUAUGCAUGGAACGGUUCACAUAGAUCCAUGAAAUUCACUGAAAUGAAGUUUAGAUAAGACAUUGCAUGAUUGACUAACUUCAGUAUCUUUAAAUGGAGAUUGUACAUCCAAGAAUGUUUUGUUAUUUAGAUAAUUUUUGUCUUUGCGGACAAUCAUGUUGUUAUUACACACACCAAACUAAUUUCCUUAUUUGUGUGUUUAAAAUGUUUAAACGACUCGUUUACUUUUUGUCAGACAGAUAUGAAGUUCAUUCUUAAAUUUGUAUUCAGUGAUUAUAUACACUUACUGACAAUGUACAUAAUAUUAUAUCCAUGUAUUGUACAGAAUCAAUGUUUCAUCAAAAAAAGUGGAAAUUCCACAAAAACUAGGUUUUCAGCCUUUGCAUCACGCCGUACAAUGUUCUUUUUACAAAAGGGCCAUGUUCUAUUGUACAUAUUUGACUUAUCCAAUCACCCUAUUCAGCAGUUAAGAUACAACAAGCAUAGAUGUUAAAGGUCAGUGUCAUGAAACGGAAUAUACUGAGGUUGGUUUAAGAUUACAGUUCACACGAUGCAGUCAGCUCCCUAGAAAAUGAACUAACGCACCCUCCUUAUAUAGAAAAGAAAAAUAAAGAAAUAAUAUAUAUAAAGAAAAUGAGAAAUAACAAGUAUCUAGUUACAAAUUGACAGUGACAUAUAUGAGGCCAAUCCAAUGUGUUUAAUGUCUAAAUAUAUUAUUAAAUUAAACUUCGAUGAGGGGCAAGUGAUUUGAAGUCAGCGACCUUAAUCACUAGGCCACGGAGGACCCUUGGUAUAAUACCGCUAUUCAUUAAGAUGACAGGUGGACAAUUUAGGCCCUCUCUGAAUUAAUAUGUUUUCACAACUUCAUCUGCAAACUUGUUUAGUCAUUCUCUUUUCAGUAUAGUUUUAUAAACAUAGAAUAAUAAAUAUCGUACAUUGUAGAAACAAAAGUAGAUCAAGUACUGUGCAUAAAUAUAAUUAUAAUACUACUAAAUAAAUUUAACAAUAUAAUUGGACAUUAAACACAUUGUCUUGGCUUUAUAUAUGUCACUGUCAAUUUGCAACUAGAUAUUACUUAUUUCUCUUUUUUUUCAAGCAAACCAUGUAUGAUUACCAUCAUGGAAAUACAAAAAUCUGUUAUUUCCUACAGAAAUCAGUGGGACUCGUGAUCAAAAUCAGUCACUUAUUUCAAACGCUUGGGGAAGCAAUAAGAUCAUAUUUUAUUUUAAUAGAAAUUAUAUUGAAAGAAAGUGCAAAUAUUGCAGAUUACUUCAAUAACUUAAUAAACAUUGUCAGAUAAUGCUUUUGUCAUUUGAUGUGUUAAAGAUUUCCUUUUCUAUAUUUCAAUAGGCGUAAAUUGACCGAUAAAGGCUAAUCGAUACACUCGAUAAGCUGUUUUCAAGGGAGAGAAUUUCGACAAUAAGCCAGGAAAUUGGCUUAGAGGUUUCUGGGUACGAGUUAUUUUGUGGCGCGUCUUUAAAAUUCGUCUAUCUAAGGCAUACAUUUUCGUUGAUUCCGUGCUUUGUUCUACGAAACAAUAUCCCAACGAACAAAAUAUACAAAUACUUCGGACGGACUAACAAAUGCAGAUCGAAGUUCAAAAAACUUAGGAGAUACUAAAACGUCAAGGGAGGCUACACUUGAACGUUACGCCAAGGGACGUAAUACUUUUUCCAAGCUUUUGA